AGCGCUGGAGCAGAUGAGGGAAUGUCAAACUUGUUGCCGAUGCCCGCGGCUCGACACAUCCGAGUCAAGGAUAAAUGAGAAAACCCUCCUGGAGCCAGAAGCAUUUGAUGGAACAGCGCGCAGUAUUAAAGAAAAUGGCGAUUAAAUUUUGCGCUGAAUACAUUUCAUACUGUGACAACAAAAGGGACCCUGGGCUCUCCAGUUCCUAACAGCGCGCGCACCCACCGCGGCGCAUUGAGUCUCCUCACAGGACCGAACGCACGCGCGAAGUUCUCCUCCGAGGACCGUCAGUUUAUUGCAUUUAUCUACUCUUUUUGAAUUCAUGUAAGUGUUUUUGAUAUAGAAUAAUUAUUAGUCGGGACCGCGCGCGCAUUGCAUUGGAUAUGUGAACAUGGGACAUGUGCUCCGCGCGCUGGUUUGCACUCCUCUGGAUUUGUGUUGAACGACUUGGGGACGUUACGCAUCGAAUAAUAAUGUAAACGAGGAGUUUUUUAAGAUGUGCAUUUUUCAGGGUCGUUGCUCUAAGGAUAUACAAAGAGGAGUUCGCGUUUUUACGCUUAUGUUGGAAUUGAGUGACAAACUAACAAAAGGAAUUUAAUCCCAGUGGACUGAAAAUGAACUCUAAUUAUAACAGUGCCGGAUUUCAUAUGAAAGGGCCGUCGGUAGCUGUGGAGCCGAUGAUGGGUCCACUAAAUGAAUCCCCCAUACAGGGACUCAACUUUGUCUCAAAUAGAGACCAGUAUGGAUUCCAGACUCAUGGCCAUGGGGAUAUGCUCGCUAUGGGAGUUCAGCCACAACAUCAACUCCACAUGCAAACACCGUUCAACCAUCAACCUCCUAACCACGACCAGCAUUCACAUCUGUACCAGGACAGCGUCCCCUCUUGCUUGCACGGGGACAGACACAUGGGUUUCAAUAACAGCAACGCAGGUCACCCGCAUAUGUUCGAAGGAGGAUUCAGUCAGCAGCUUGCAGAGGUGCAGUCGCAAGAAUGCAUUUCGCAGCAACAGAGAAUGGCCACAAUGCCUGAGUUUCAACCGCACGGCCAUCCUAACGGUAACCACGCCGUUCCAGCGCCGUGUCUUCCACUAGACCAGUCACCAAACCGCGCCGCUUCGUUCCACGGCCUGCCGUCUUCGUCCCCUGAAACCCACAGGCUUGAACAUUACAGGCUUUUCCCACAGGGUAGGAUGGGGGGAUCAGAGCACUGUUUUCCCUGUGAUCCUCUGACGGGGAAUUUUGAUAUGACAGGAUUCUCCACCGCGGACUCUUCAGAGCACAAACUGCCCUAUUGUGAAACGGGGAACCAAGUGGUCGGGGGUCAUUUUGCCACUUGUAAUCGAAGUGGUUCCCGAGGGCCCAUGAUGGGUGGCUCUAAAGUUGACCAGCAGCUACCUCAGGAAAACGUGUUUUCGGACCAAUUCGGGAACCGAGGGAAAAUGGAUCCGGGGGUUAACGCUAGACACCACCUCAUGCCGCAGCAAAGACCGGGACCUGUUGCCAGGCAGAACCCCGGUUCCCCUGCCCUUCCGCGGUUUUAUCACACUCCGGACUAUGUAGCAAACAAUACGGACGUUCAAGGUGGUGGUCCGAUGGUCCACGUUCAACACGGCCACCUGGACCGGCCCAUACAUAGACUGAACAACCAUAACAUGCAUCCCUUUGGGGAGCCAGUGUUUGAUGUCCCCCAGCUAGCCCCUCAGCCCCCACAUCACCCUCACCUCAGCUCACUGCCUUAUUUGAAUAUGGCAAAAAGGCCACGGUUUGAUCUCCCAAACGGCUCUGCUGGAGAGAGCUACAGCCCCCUAAGCAACGGCUUACAUAAUCGGCCCAAUCUUGAGAACCACCUCUCCCCCUCGGCUUUCCCCUCUCCUAUGGGGGACUUUACAUCUCAUGUGACGGAUGGGUUUCCAUCAGGCCCUCUACCCUUGAGCUCCAGUCCACAGCAACAACAACAGCAGCGGCAGCAGAACGCAGCGAUGAUGAUCAAACAAAUGGCAUCGAGGAGCCAGCAGCAGAGAAUGAGACAACCCGACCUGCAACAGUUAAGUCUCCACGGGGAUGUCACAUCAAAUGGCAUGGUCUGCAGAGGCCCUCUGGGUAGUGUGUCUCAGUCCAAUUUUGAGAAGAAGCAUAAUUUUCAUGGAAACUUUGACAGCCCCCACCUACCUCAAGAAAACUCAUGGUUUCCUGAGCCGCAGCAGCAUUGUAGAGAAACAAACACGCAUGCCUUGGAGCAGGCAGAGAAUGGACACAACAUUAUUUUUAGGCAAGGCAUCACAAGCAUGGACAUGCAGUCUUUGAAUUCUCCGGGAGCGCAUCAUCCAUUCGAAAAUAAUGUCAGCAAUCCUCUGCAGAUGCAGUCUCCCGACGAGAGCAACAUGCAGUCAGGCACACCCACGGACAGGAGGCCGGCUGAAUUCGGAGGAAUGGUGAUGAGGAGGCAGCACAGCUGCCCUCCUGGAGGGCCGAGUCAACAGGGAGCCCCCCAGAGCAAUCCUCCAGGAUUUGGCUCCUCUCCAGGGAACUAUCCCGCCCAUCCCGAGUACCUCUCCAGCCAGCACCUGUCAGUCAAUAAGCUUGGGGCCCUCUCUUUGGGGAAUUUGAACAAAGCCAAUACAAAAGACAGUGUGUUUGGCCAAAGCUGUCUGGCAGCUCUCUCCACGGCCUGCCAGAAUAUGAUCGCCAGCCUUGGGGCCCCGAACCUCAAUGUGACUUUUAAUAAGAAAAGUCAAAAUGAGGCCAAACGCAAAGCAGGUCAGGUUGAGCAGGACAUAAAUAGCACUGGCAGUAGUGGCCCAGGGGCAGAGUAUUUCCAGAGCAAUGCUUCUCAGAAUAGUCAAACGCCUUGCUCUGGGAAUAACAAUACGACGGCAGGUCAAAGUGGUACGGGCCAGAUGGCGAAAAGGGAAGCGAGCACCCUUUCCCCGAAUGACAACAUGGAGUCUGGAUGCGAGGGGAAAAUGGCAACAGGCAACGGCAAGGGGAGGGGGAAGAAGAGACGCGACAGCGGGCACAUCAGUCCCGGAAACUUCUCCCCUCCUUGCGGCGGUAACCCCGUCGUCAGUCCGAGUCAGCAGGGUUCCGCUUUGAAUGUGGGCAUGGAGAGCCGCGGCAAGACCCCGGAGAGGUCCCUGGUCUCCCCUUCCUUCGGAAAGCCUGACCUCACCACCUCGAUGGACAGCGGAAUUCAAAGCGUGGGCAAGUCGGAUGGUGUUUCACCGUGCAUGGAUUAUUUAGACGAAGCCAGCCCCAACUACAGCGCAGAGGACCCGAGGCCUUGCAGAGCUGGCAUGAAGUGUAAUUCUGAAAACAGGGCCGGCUACAGUGACAAUCCGUGCAUGGAACAGGUGCGGACACCACUGAGCAACACGGGCCAGGAUGAGGUUCAUCCUCUGGAGAUUUUGCAGGCUCAGAUCCAGCUGCAAAGACAGCAGUUCAGUAUCUCCGAGGACCAGCCGAUGGGAGGGAAAACGGGCAAAAAGGCCGACUGCCAGGCCGGUCUGAACGGAGAGUGCGCCCUGGCCAAUUCUAGCCCAGUCACAGGCAAGGGCUCUGUGAAUACCAUUGACCUUGACUCUCUCAUGACAGAGCAGCAUGCCGCCUGGUAUGUCCCUGGCAACAAGGCUCUGAUAGAGGACCCCAGUAAUGACAAGUGCCUGGGAUUCUGGGAUAGAGCACGGGGCCAGAGUGACAACAAAGAAGGACAUGGGUAGGAGCGCUCCUCUGCUGGCUCUCCUUAGCGUAUCACUGAAAAAAAGGU